AUGAAGUCGUAUAUCAACACAGUUAUUAAUGAAGUACAAAUCAUUAAUAAGAAGGUGGAUUAUUUAAUUCAUGAUCCUAUUAAUAAUAUGAUAAACUUGAAAACAAUUAAAAUUAAUCCAAAAGAGUUAGAUGAUCUUCCCAACAUGGAAACAAAAAAAUCUAUUGUUAAAAA